GUGGAGCAUCAUGUAUUAUUAUGUGAUAUGGAAUUAGGAAGGCACAAAACUUUUGCCUCUCUGCUGCUGUAAGUUUUAGCUAAGUCCAUCGUCACCUCCUCAAACUUACAUAUGAACAAGACCAAAUAAGUUGACACUUUUGGUUAGCGUAAUAAGUACAGAUUAAAUUAGAGGACAACAAAAUCAUGGGUGUUGUGAGGUGCUAAACACGCCUCAUUCCCAGGAAAUAAGCAGCUUUUGACACUGUUGUAUCACUUCUCAUCCUUCUUAAAUUCUUACCCCACCUGCUUCCUCUUCUCUCUAUCUCUCUCUCUCAGCACUAGCCAGAGGCUUAGUGGGAAAGGGCAAAAAAAAAGGAGAAAUGGGGUUUGCAAGCAGAAGUCUUUGGGGCACUUCCCUUUCCCUUCUUGUUUUGGUAUCCUCAGUAGCUCAUGCAGAUCCUAUUGUUCCAGCCCUCAUCAUCUUUGGGGAUUCUGUUGUUGAUGUGGGUAACAAUAAUAAUCUUAAUACAGUUAUUAAGGCAAAUUUUCCUCCUUAUGGAAGAGACUUUGUUAAUCAUAGGCCAACUGGAAGAUUCUGCAAUGGAAAACUAGCUACAGACUUCACUGCUGAGUACCUUGGAUUCACUUCAUACCCACCAGCUUACCUUAGCCAAGAUGCCAGAGGAAACAACCUCUUGACUGGUGUUAACUUUGCCUCAGCUGCUUCUGGUCUCUAUGAUGGCACCGCCAGGCUAUAUGGUGCCAUUCCAUUGACCCAGCAGCUGAAGUACUACAAGGAAUACCAAACAAAAGUAGUGAACUUGGUAGGAAACGCCAAGGCAGAUGAGAUAUUAUCUGGUGGUAUCCAUCUGUUGAGUGCUGGAAGCAGUGAUUUUAUUCAGAAUUACUAUAUCAAUCCCCUUCUUAAUGGAGUCUACUCAGCUGAUCUCUUCUCCGAUAGACUCAUGCGAUUUUACUCAACUUUCAUUCAGAAUCUAUACGGACUGGGAGCAAGAAGGAUUGGAGUGACAAGCCUACCACCAACAGGGUGUUUGCCUGCAGCUAUUACCCUCUUUGGUGCAGGAAGCAAUCAGUGUGUUGAGAGGUUAAACCGUGAUGCCAUUGCCUUCAACGAGAAAUUAAACAGCACUUCCAAAAGCCUGGCAAACAAUCUACCCGGCCUCAAACUUGUGGUCUUUGAUAUCUAUGAGCCCCUCUUGGAUAUGAUCUUGAAGCCCAGUGAUAAUGGGUUCUUUGAGUCGAGAAAGGCUUGCUGUGGAACAGGAACUUUAGAGACAUCAGUUCUCUGCAAUGCAAGGUCUUUGGGAACAUGCUCAAAUGCUACACAAUACGUGUUUUGGGAUGGAUUUCAUCCUUCUGAAGCUGCUAAUAGUGUCUUGUCUGGUGAUUUACUAACACAGGGAUUCGAUCUCAUUUCUUGAAGCAGCUCCCACUGUAGUUGAAACAAUUUGCUACUAUUGUAUUACUGUCAUCUUCUUACAUAUAUGCUAUGUAUAAUGUCAUCACAAUACAUAGGUGCUUUGCAGAUUGUGGUAUCAUCUCAUAGUUAUGUAAAAACUAGUUAGCCACACAUGGCUGGAUGAUUUUAUGUUUGCACCUUUUGUAGACGAAUAGGCUUCUCUUUAAUGAUACAAUUAUGGUUGUGUGAGUACUUUGUUUUGGUUAA